AUGGAGAACCCAAACCCAACCGCAACCUCAAGCAUGAAACAAGCGUUGUAUCUCGCUUAUUCACAGUCCAGCUAUGGACUGCAAUCUGUUCAACGCGAUGCAACGAAGAGACCUCUGCUGUUGCUGACUGUCUUAACCGACCUGGAGGAAGCAGGUGAAUCAGCCCUAGUAAAUCACAUCAAUAAGUCACCUAAGCAAGGCGAAAUCCAAAAAUGGAAAGCCUCUGAAGAGCUUCUGCAUUCAAUAACUACUAAAAGUGAUCUUCGAGACAGUAUGGCCAGCCUGUACGGUCUUGCAAUCCUGGCCUAUCAAGUGGGGCAUUCACGACUUGUUGUGGCGGACAACUUGACGAAACGUCAACUGGAAGGGAUGCCUGCUCAGGGAGAGAGUUCACGAGUCUCCGUGGUUAUGGUUGCCAUUAAACCAGGCAAAGCAGAUGGUCAGGUCCGCGUUAUUGCCAAACGAGAUGCAGUUGGCGAAGAUGGGCAAUGGCCCCUGUGGGAUACGCUGGAAUACUUUGAUAUCUCUCAGGAGUACAUCUUGGGCAGGUUGUAUGGUCGCCCUGAUAUAUACGAUACUUUCGGGUUGGAGUUGCAUGAUCCAGAUCGCACUGUGUUUACGCCAGAAAUUUUGACAUCUCUGGGACGAGACGAUCGCCAAGAAGAUAUGCAACAGCCCAUUGUGCUACCUCCGUGGUUACGAUUCGACAGGGAUGAGCUAACUCAGGACAUUUUUCUCUCAUUUCCUUCCACUGUGAAAGAGAGAGAGAAGUUGCAUUCAGUUCUGCAGGAGGGCUUGCGCAACCAAUACCUAAAGACGAAAGAAGAGAUGGAGAACCGGCGUAAAGAAAACAAAGACGGUGUUGACAACGACCAAAACUCGGACUCGGACGAGAUCAAAGCGCCCACUGUCCGACUGCUUCCGUGGGAACACGACCACAUCGCCUCGCGCCGCGAUUUAAUGCGCAUCCGAGAGGCUUGUCGAAGCCGUGAUUCUUAUUUAUACGGUCCCCGUUCUCUGAAUUUCUUGUUGGAACCAAUCAGGGGCGACAAUGUCACGAGCGCCCAGUUCGGGACUUUACUGAAAGCUCCCACAGGAAUUAUUAUCCUGCGAAAAUCUUUGGACCAGGUGGUCAAGGAGGUGUUGGACUCUGACGUAUGCGGAUACGAGGAGAUCAAAAAGGAACUGGAAAAUAAUGGGCGGGUUGACCCAUCCAAAAUGGAAAUCAUGCAGGACCCAGCUCAACCGUUCUAUCCCAAUCUUCCGCCAUGGCUCCCUAUUGAUCGGAAAAUGAACGGGGCUCCCCUGUUCUACCUCACAAACAAAGUCACCAAGCAAAAGCAACGCGCCCUUCAGGACGAGAUCCAAGCUCUUAACAGCUUUGAUGUAGACGACCAUCCUUGGGAAAAGCAAUCAUUCGUUGACAAUACCGUCGUUGUGGCAGACACACUCUAUUAUCACUUGCCAUGGGCCAGUGAAGAGGCUCUCAAGCUGCUCGAGGAUGUUCCCGAGCCAUCGAUUAAAGGAUUCGCCUACGGCCGGAUCCCAGGCCGCGAUGCACAUACUGUCUACGCAAACCUCUCGAUCGCCAACAUGCAGUUGGAUGAAUUUUUUUGGUGGCCGCGAGGACGAGAUCAAGCAGUUCAUCAGGCCUGA